AACACGAUUGUUACCUCUGAUUGGGCUUAGUUUAGAUGUCUCAGCCUGGCUGAGUUGGUUCAAUUCCCGCCUAUGAAUUGGAAGGCUCCAGACCAGGACUUGAGGUCGUAAUCCAGGCAGGUAUCGGCGCACGACUCCAUUUUAGGUCUUUCACCGAGACGUUAAACCAAGAUCCCAUCUGUUCUCGUGGUUCAGAUGGACUUCGAAGCAUGUGACGUCUUCCUGAUGGGAAAGGCGCUAUACAAAGGAGUUCAGAAUGGCCGUGGAUUGGAUAGGCUACACUUAUGCCACUUUGGUGACAGUAGGAGGCAUCCUGGGUUACACUCGGAAAGGCAGCGUGAUGUCCUUGAUCUCCGGACUCCUCUUUGGCUCACUGGCAGGCUACGGUGCUUAUCAAGUUUCAAGCGCCCCACGUGACGUGACUGUUUCCUUGAUCACGGCUGGACUACUGACGGCCAUAAUGGGAAUACGCUUCAGAAAAUCGGGAAAGUUUAUGCCAGCUGGUCUCGUGGCUGGUAUCAGCUUUUAUAUGGUUCUGCGGCUUGGCUUCCUGAUGCUUUAAACCUUCAAACAACUCACUAAACCCGACAACAAAUCAACCCAAACUCUUGUACUUUGCGAUCAUGUUUCCAAUUUUAGCGAAAAUAUAGUCCCGUAACUUUUUAAAGCUACGAUUCUGAGAUAGUUACUGUCUUAGUUUUGCUUUCAAUGGAGAGGCGCUAUGUAAAUGCGAGUUGUUGUUGUCUGUAAAUCAUUGUCUAUUGCAAUUUUGAAGAGACGGGGGAAUGAAAAUGACACAUGAAGUUUCUGGGCCUGAUUAAGUUUGCAGAGAUUAUUCACGAUUAAAACCUACUGGCUGAAAAAUAAUGGUCCUGCGA